GACAAAAAACUGUGGGCCAACGCAGCAGUGCUCACUGAAAAUGGCCUCCCCAUCCUCUGGGACCAGGCACCCAGCCAGCUGUCGGACCUGCCUCAGAUGGACAACGUGGUCACAAUCAACCCCUGGACCUACCUCUGGCCCUCGCCAGUCAUGCUGUUCACACCUUCCCAACCAGGGGACUCAUUAGCUCCUAACACAGCCUGAUGUCUAAGUGGCCAUUUUGAAAACCAGGUGCAUUAGCCACGUUAUAUACAACACAGUUGAAUGCUCUGUGUACUACAGAAGCUCAAUGAACAAACAUCUAGUCUCGCUCUUGAAGCUGAUGCUUUCCACAGGCUUUUAAAAAGUUGUUCGGACAACGGUUUAUUGCAUCACUGAAUAAAUAAAGUUAUACAGUUGAAGUCGGAAGUUUACAUAUAGUUAGGUUGGAGUCAUUAAAACUUUUUUUUCAACCACUCCACAAAUCUCUUUUUAACAAACUAUAGUUUUGGCAUGUCGGUUAGGACAUCUACUUUGUGCAUGACACAAGUAAUUUUUCCAACAAUUGUUUACAGACAGAUUAUUUCACUUAUAAUUCACUGUAUCACAAUUCCAGUGGGUCAGAAGUUUACAUACACUAAGUUGACUGUGUCUUUAAACAGCUUGGAAAAUUCCAUCAAAUGAUGUCAUGGCUUUAGAAGCUUCUGAUAGGCUAAUUGACAUCAUUUGAGUCAAUUGGAGUUGUACCUGUGGAUGUAUUUCAAUGCCUACCUUCAAACUCAGUGCCUCUUUGCUUGACAUCAUGGGAAAAUCAAAAGAAAAAUAAUUGUAGAGCUCCACAAGUCUGCUUCAUCCUUGGGAGCAAUUUCCAAAUGCCUGAAGGUACGACGUUCAUAUGUACAAACAAUAGUAUGCAAGUAUAAUCACCAUGGGACCACGCGGCCGUCAUACCACUCAGGAAGGAGACGCGUUCUGUCUCCUAGAGAUGAACGUACUUCGGUGCGAAAAGUGCAAAUCAAUCCCAGAACAACAGCAAAGGACCUUGUGAAGAUGCUGGAGGAAACAGGUACAAAAGUAUCUAUAUCCACUGUAAAACGAGUCCUAUAUCGACAUAACCUGAAAGGCCACUCAGCAAGGAAGAAGCCACUGCUCCAAAACCGCCAUAAAAAAGCCAGACUACGGUUUGCAACUGCACAUGGGGACAAAGAUCGUACUUUUUGGAGAAUGAACUGUUUGGCCAUAAUGACCAUCGCUAUGUUUGGAGGAAAAAGGGGCAGGCUUGCAAGCCGAAGAACACCAUCCCAACUGUGAAGCACGGGGGUGGCAGCAUCAUACUGUGGGGGUGCUUUGCUGCAUGAGGGACUGGCACACUUCACAAAAUAGAUGGCAUCAUGAGGAAGGAAAAUUAUGUGGAUAUAUUGAAGCAACAUCUCAAGACAUCAGUCAGGAAGUUAAAGCUUGGUCGCAAAUGGGUCUUCCAAAUGGACAAUGACCCCAAGCCUACUUCCAAAGUUGUGGCAAAAUGGUUUAAGAAGUCAAGGUAUUGGAGUGGCCAUCACAAAGCCCUGACCUCAAUCCUAUAGAACAUGUGUGGGCGGAACUGAAAAAGCGUGUGCGAGCAAGGAGGCCUACAAACUGGACUCAGUUACACCAGCUCUGUCAGGAGGAAUGGGCCAAAAUUCACCCAAUUUAUUGUGGGAAGCUUGUGGAAGGCUACCCAAAACAUUUGACCCAAGUUAAACAAUGUAAAGGCAAUGCUACCAAAUACUAAUUGAGUGUAUGUAAACUUCUGACCCACUGGGAAUGUGAUGAAAGAAAUAAAAGCUGAAAUAAAUCAUUCUCUCUACUAUUAUUAUGACAUUUCACAUUCUUAAAAUAAAGUGGUGAUCCUAACUGACCUAAGACAGGGAAUUUUUACUAGGAUUAAAUGUCAGGAAUUGUGAAAUACUGAGUUUAAAUGUAUUUGGCUAAGGUGUAUGUAAACUUCCGACUUCAACUGUAUGUGUUCUAUGGUUAAUCAAAAACGUUAUCAAUCUACACUCGAUUUGUUUUAUAUAACCGUUAGUUUCCCUUAUAAGUAAGUGUCUUAUGCCUAUGUUCAAGGGUCAGGCAGCACAUCAUGCACGGUUACAUAAACUGUACAUUUAUGCUGCACACACAUAUAACAGCAGCACAGUCAGUAAACUCUGGGAACCCCAAGCCCACAUACAGGACAGAGUUUGACUGAAGAAAACAUUGUAAAGUAAACAUAGACAAGCAUUAACUAACAGGGAUCACAGGGGAGUAUAUACAUGCUCUUUUAGAAUGAUGAAUGAUGCAAUCACUGAUCAAUGCCUGAAGCCUCUGCCAUCCCUAUAGAUCAUGUUUGCUGAUGGCUGUCCAUCUAUGAGUGUUGGUUGUUUCUCUGACCUCUGUCCAAUGGCAUGAUAAGAAGUACUGUUUACAGUGGAUUCACCCCCACUGAUACCCUUUCUCUAUCACGCGACGUUGUGAGGCCAAAGUGCACUGGCCAUUCCAGUACAAAAUGGGGAAACUGUUACUUAUCCAGGUGUGCAGUUAUUAAGGUAGCCAGCAUGCAGUGUAUCUGGACCCUCUCCCUGCUUCAGCUAGUUGCCCUGUGGGCCAACGCAGCAGUGCUCACUGAAAAUGGCCUCCCCAUCCUCUGGGACCAGGCACCCAGCCAGCUGUCGGUCCUGCCUCAGGUGGACAACGUGGUCACAAUCAACCCCUGGAACUACCUGCAGAGGAUGAGUCUGUAUAGGAUACUGGUGGGCUCCACCGAUAAGUACAUGGCCUGCAUGGGAACCAAUGAGACUGACAGCCCGUUGUGGAGCCUGCCUCUGCAGCUGGCCUGGAAACUCAGAUCAGGUACAGUGAGGGAAAAAAGUAUUUGAUCCCCUACAGAUUUUCUAUGGGAUUAAGGUCUGGAGACUGGCUAGGCCAAUCCAGGACCUUAAUGUGCUUCUUCUUGAGCCACUCCUUUGUUGCCUUGGCCGUGUGUUUUGGGUCAUUGUCAUGCUGGAAUACCCAUCCACGACCCAUUUUCAAUGCCCUGGCUGAGGGAAGGAGGUUCUCACCCAAGAUUUGACGGUACAUGGCCCCGUCCAUCGUCCCUUUGAUGCUGUGAAGUUGUCCUGUCCCCUUAGCAGAAAAACACCCCCAAAGCAUAAUGUUUCCACCUCCAUGUUUGACGGUGGGGAUGGUGUUCUUGGGGUCAUAGGCAGCAUUCCUCCUCCUCCAAACACGGCGAGUUGAGUUGAUGCCAAAGAGCCCGAUUUUGGUCUCAUCUGACCACAACACUUUCACCCAGUUCUCCUCUGAAUCAUUCAGAUGUUCAUUGGCAAACUUCAGACGGGCCUGUAUAUGUGCUUUCUUGAGCAGGGGGACCUUGCGGGCGCUGCAGGAUUUCAGUCCUUCACGGCGUAGUGUGUUACCAAUUGUUUUCUUGGUGACUAUGGUCCCAGCUGCCUUGAGAUCAUUGACAAGAUCCUCCCGUGUAGUUCUGGGCUGAUUCCUCACCGUUCUCAUGAUCAUUGCAACUCCACGAGGUGAGAUCUUGCAUGGAGCCCCAGGCCGAGGGAGAUUGACAGUUAUUUUGUGUUUCUUCCAUUUGCCAAUAAUCGCACCAACUGUUGUCACCUUCUCACCAAGCUGCUUGGCGAUGGUCUUGUAGCCCAUUCCAGCCUUGUGUAGGUCUACAAUCUUGUCCCUUACAUCCUUGGAAAGCUCUUUGGUCUUGGCCAUGGUGGAGAGUUUGGAAUCUGAUUGAUUGAUUGCUUCUGUGGACAGGUGUCUUUUAUACAGGUAACAAGAUGAGAUUAGGAGCACUCCCUUUAAGAGUGUGCUCCUAAUCUCAGCUCGUUACCUGUAUAAAAGACACCUGGGAGACUCUUUCUGAUUGAGAGGGGGUCAAAUACUUAUUUCCCUCAUUAAAAUGCUAAUCAAUUUAUAACAUUUUAGACAUGCGUUUUUCUGGAUUUUUUUGUUGUUAUUCUGUCUCUCACUGUUCAAAUAAACUUACCAUUAAAAUUAUAGACUGAUCAUUUCUUUGUCAGUGGGCAAACGUACAAAAUCAGCAGGGGAUCAAAUACUUUUUUCCCUCACUGUAUGUUGGGCCAUCAUUAGGUAGCUUUGAGGAGUCAAAUAUAUGCACAUUGUUUUUGUGACUACUGUACGCACAUGCUUUUUGUGAUAAGUAUAGUACACGAUAAUGUUGACUAUGUUUCUCAGUUGUCUCGAUCAGAUGGUUUAUCAAAGGUUUUCAUGGGGAAAGUGAUGUGACUGAAUGCGCUUCUGUUCUUAUAGGGCGGUUGGUUGACCCCACUGGCGCUACAGCAUGUGGACAGGAAGGAGAUCCCAUGUGCAUUUCUGCUAAUAGCUGGUGGGCAUGUAAGCACUGUGACACAUAUUCAACCGUGCAGACCAUGUGUGUAGCCCUACAUGUGCAGUUAACAUGCACAGCGUGUCAAUAACAGACCAUUAGUAAACUCUCUCUCUCUCUCCCUCUCUCCUUCCCCAGGUGUGAACUACUACCUCUCAGUGAUCCCGUUCCUGGCUGCUGUGCAGAAAGGCCUGAUUGGAGAUGGUCUCAUUCAGGUCCAGGUACAAGCACCAGCUGAGGCAGCUGAAGACUACUGCACCUCCUACACAGACUGCUCUGCUAAGUACCCAGACCUCAUGGCCAAAUGGGAAGAAUUCUUCCAGGUAAGCUAUUCAAUGAGCCUCUAGUUUUCCUUCUUCCCCAUGGGAUGCAUUUUCGUUCUUGCCCUAGGAGAUGAGACCGGUUUGUUCAUUUAGUUGAGUGAGGCUCUUGCUGCUGGUGACUCUCAGAUCCACCUCUACGCAGACGACACCAUUUUGUAUACAUCUGGCCCUUCAUUGGACACUGUGUUAACAAACCUCCAAACGAGCUUCAAUGCCAUACAACACUCCUUCUGUAGCCUCCGACUGCUCUUAAACGCUAGUAAAACUAAAUGCAUGCUCUUCAAUCGAAUGCUGCUUGCACCCACCUGCCCAACUAGAAUCACUACUCUCGACGGGUCUGACCUAGAGUAUGUGGACAACUACAAAUACCUAGGUGUCUGGUUAGACCGUAAACUCUUCUUCCAGACUCACUUUAAGCAUCUCCAAUCCAAAGUUAAAUCUAGAAUCGGCUUCCUAUUUCACAACAAAGCCUCCUUCACUCAUGCUGCCAAACAUGCCCUCGUUAAACUGACUAUCCUACCGAUCCUUGACUUCGGCGAUGUCAUUUACAAAAUAGCCUCCAACACUCUACUCAGCAAAUUGGAUGUAGUCUAUCACAGUGCCAUCCGUUUUGUCACCAAAGCCCCAUAUACUAUCCACCACUGACCUGUACGCUCUUGUUGGCUGGUCCUCACUACAUAUUCGUCGCCAAACCCACUGGCUCCAGGUCAUCUAUAAAUCGCUGCUAGGCAAAUCCCUGUCUUAUCUUAGCUCAUUGGUCAACAUAGCAACACCCACCCGUAGUAUGCGCUCCAGCAGGUAUAUCUCACUGGUCAUCCCCAAAGCCAACACCUCCUUUGGCCGCAAUUCCUUCCAGUUCUCUGCUGCCAAUGACUGGAACAAAUUGCAAAAAUCUCUGAAGCUGGAGACUCUUAUCUCCCUCACUAACUUUAAGCAUCAGUUGUCAGAGCACCUUACCAAUCACUGCACCUGUACACAGCCCAUCUGAAAUUAGCCCACCCAACUACCUCAUCCCCAUAUUGUUAUUUAUUUUGCUCAUUUGCACCCCAGUAUCUCUAUUUGCACAUCAUCUCUUGCACAUCUAUCAUUCCAGUGUUAAUACUAAUUGUAAUUAUUUUGCACUAUGGUCUAUUUAUUGCCUUACCUCCAUAACUUGCUACAUUUGCACACACUGUAUAUAUAUUUUCUGUUGUAUUUUUGACUUUAUGUUUUGUUUUACCCCAUAUGUAACUCUGUGUUGUUGUUUUUAUCGCACUGCUUUGCUUUAUCUUGGCCAGGUCGCAGUUGUAAAUGAGAACUUGUUCUCAACUGGCUUACCUGGUUAAAUAAAGGUAAAAAAAAAAAAGGCCUAGAUUCAAUCAGAUCAAUCGGCGAAGCAGACACCUGUAUAGUGGAUGUUUUGGCAGGUGUCAGAAGUGGAACGAUGUUGGAGUUGUCAAAUUGUUGAGCAACUGCCCUUGUGAUCAUAGAGCCACACCCGCCCCACUCGCAUUAGAAGUUCAGAACGCGAAAGUGUAGGCCAUAUAGAAAUAAUUACACUCAAAUGGAAAAAUCUUUCAACUAAAUAAUGACUUCUCUCAUCCUAAUCGUGGUGUAGAUUAGGUCUCACAUUCCAGUGUUCAAACUUGUAAACAGCAAUGUCCGCAUUAAGAAUAACCGGGAGCCACUUGUGGAUUUGACAGCUCUAACACAGUUCCACCUCUGACACCGCCAAAACAACCGCUAUGCGAAUCUGAUUGAAUCGAGCUCUUAAGUCACUGUUCAUAUGUGACCGACCCAUUGGUGAAUGCAUAUAAUUACUUGUUCUUGGUUUAUAAUAUGCUACCUUUCCAUUAUAGACCCUGAAAGACGUUAGCGCAUCUGAGAUUUCUGACUUUGCGAAAAGGGACCAGAUUCUAGGUGCCUUUUGGGCAGGUGAAACUCUCUCUUUGAAUACUGCCUCAUCCAGCUGCAAGGCAAAGUGAGUAUAAACAUUAAAUGAUGCAGGUCAUCACCAUUUGUCUUCAUUUUUGGUACUCUGACACAAUUUUGAGUUUCAAUUAAAUAUAUGACUCUCAAACUUUAUGUUCUGUCCUUCAAUCAGCUUUUACCUUAAUUAUUGAUUAUUAUUGAUUUAAAAGAUUAUUGAAUUCAAUCUUUUGAGUCACAAUUUAGUCCUUGCAUUAUGUGUAAUCACACCUUUGAUCUUUGUUAUAGGAUGAGCUACUAUUCCAGCCCAGAGGUUGCAUUCGCCAACACCUGGAUGAAUGCUGCAGAUUACAUGGCAGCUACGUACUUCCAGUCCAACCUGAAUAACUCUGUGCUGUUCAUGAGGUCUCUGCCUAGCAGGGUGCUUCAGGAGGGGGAUAGCGCCCCUAACAUAGCUGACCUAAGCACAGAGGAAAACCACACCCUCUAUAUCUUUAGCUGGAUGACCAGUAUGAACAGGAUUCUGAGUGAGUACUUUUAAUUUUAGUCCCCCAAGAUGGAUGUUAAAAAAUAUAUUUUAUUAUUCUUUGCUUUGUAUGAAAAGUAGAGUAACAUUUCAGAGUGAAAUUGAGACGAUAGACAUCAGUCAGUGAUAAAAUGAAGUCUGUAGUCACCCUCUAGUGGUGACAUGUAUGAUGUGCAUUUGAAUUGAGAGAUCUACCAAAUCAGUUGCAUCAGGUUACUUGAUCACAUUUUCUUAACCAGUUGUUGUUUACCUUGUGACAGUGGGCUCUCUGGUUAAGAUGUGGCGCUCGGCCAUGUGCUCUGACAAGGCUCGGGAGAAGGGCCGGGAGCUCCUACAGAAUCUGGUCCUGGAUCCUAAAUUCGCUGUUUCCACCUUCGUCUCCAUUCUGACAGAGAUGACCCGCAGCUGCUCAGGCUUCAGCACAUCAGUCCAAUGAAUAAACCUCACACAGUGGUAUUUACACUUCCUGUGUUUGCCAUUAUUCCUUUUCCACAGUAGGCUUGUUGAUUAAUGUACAAACAAUGUAUUUAUUGUAUGAUGAAUAUAAUACAUUUAAAUGGAAGAAUGGCUCAGUAUAAAGUGCAUAAUAGGAAAUAUAAAUAAAUGUUGCUUGAAAUUUGAACAUUAUAUCUCACAUGCCAGAAUGUUCAUUGAUCUUCACACUUAAACUUUAAGCUUGGAUAUGUAUUAGAUAUUCAUCAAAUCCAUUGAUUCUAUUCUAUCCUAAACCUGUUUUGCAGUCUGCAUGGCAUAUGUGUUUCUUGUUUUCCUAUUGUCUGUGCCUUGAAUACUUUGGUCAUUCAAUUUUCUCCUGAUAAUGUCAAGUUCAUCCUCAUCAAUGUAUUCAUAAUCAUGAGUGUCAUCAUCAUCCUGUUUAAUUGUCUUGUGCUGAGGACUGUUUUCUUCACCGAUGACUGAGGAGAGAACACAAACACAACAUGGCAUGAGAAUCAAAGUCAAGCUUUUGACAUAGAGAUUAAUAUUAGUUAUAGGUUGCUUUCCAAAAUCCAGAAAGUAUUUAUACCGACAGCUGAUAAUUAAGUUAAGUAGCAAAAUGAGUCUGCUGCAAUGCUGCAUACCACUAUCCCUCAAUGCAUGUUGAAUAUUCAACAAAAGUAUUCUGAUAUAGAAAUAGAAACAUAGACAAACCUUUUUGUGGGCCUGGAUCAGGCAUUGUGAUCAGACUUGUGUUGGAAGUUUCCUUUCUUGGUGGAGUGGUGUUCUGUUCUACACAGAUAGACGAUCUGGAGGUAGACACUGCUGGUUUGGCUGUAUGUGGGCUCUUCAAUAUAAUAACACAGACCACACAAACAAUUGGUACUGUAAUGAAUUGAAUAUAACUUUAACUAUAACAUUCAAAUACAUACUGAUAGCUAUUGUUGUUGUUGUUAUUUUAUUGUUUAUUAAGGCAUCAAAUAUCAUGGCUGAUCAGCUCACCUUUGGAGAGGGGGGAACCGGCUUCUUUGGCCUCGGAGGUGGCAGUUUCACUGUAUCUUCUGAGUGCUUUUGUGGUCUCUUGGGUGGUCGAGGGGGAGGCAGCACGCUGGUAUUGACAUACCUCCUCAGGGUGAAGUAGCAGUCCUCUCCUAUUUCCUCUACAGCUGAGGGGACGGCCUUGCCCUGGGUCAGCUUUGGGCCGUUCCACCGCUCCAGAAGCUGCAGGGCCAUGUUGGUGCGGUUGACAGGCACCUCCCAACACUGGGCAAGGUCCGGGGUGGAAACAAUAAGGAAGGGGUCAGUGAUCUCCUCCUCCAGCUGCAGCCCCGUGGCCCCAGCCAGGAGGUCCUCCUUCACUGAGAGGUCCCUCAUGGACACCUUGACAUUGAAGGGCAGGGCGAACCUUUGGCAGACCUCUGAGAGCAUGUACUGCUUCUUGUCGUGGACCACCUCGACAAAGCCCCCGUCCAGACACAUGGGGAUCAACACGGCCUCGUACUUCUUCCCCACAAUCUUCUCACAGGCCAGGGCCUCCACAGUCUUCCUCUUGCCUCCGUAGAUCACCUCGCUAGUCUCCCUCUUGUGGACCAGGUACUGGUCUCCCACCAGCACCGAGGACAGCCCCUCGUAGUGGGUCUCAAAGGCCUUGGUGGCCACUACGUGCAGCUGCUCCAUGUCACUCUUGGCCACCUCCAGGUCAUACGCUGUGGGAAAUGUCCGGGGCCUGCGCUUGAACCUGCCAUUGUAAGACACUGGGAUGAGGAAGCGUCUCUGGGCCUCGCUGCGAAUCUCAGACGCUAGGAUUCUCUUUGCCUGGUAGGCACUGUGGACAAUGACCUGCUUAGAGGAUUUCAGGAAACCCAAUUCCUCCUGAACUUGUGAUGGUGGCUCGAUUAUUUCUGCUCUGAAGGGGAAGAACUCGCUGGGCUUGGCAAAGACAUCACGGAAGGACAAAGGCUGCAUAAAACAGUCACCAUCACACUCCUCUGUAACGUCCAAGACCUCAACAUCAAGGGUGGAUGGGAUGAAAACAACAUUCUUCCCAACUGUGAACAAAAAUGUGAUUAUUUCUGUUAAGUAUGCAAGCACAAGCAAUGAUCAGCUACUUUUCUGUAAGAAAUGAUUCAACAAGAUUCCUAAUUAAAAUGUUUUUCCAAAAAGAAAUACAUAAUGCAGUAUAUAUAAAUAUUGUUUAAGUCAUUGAAUUGAUCUCUAAAGGUUUGACAUUAGUAAAUCUGUUUAACUGCAGCUUUGAAUAAAGUUUCAUUUUGUGC